AUGGCUGCCGUCCCUAGCGGCCUCGUUGGGACCAAUUUGGUUGCCCCUCGGGUGUCACUGUCACCACAAGAAGAGGCCUUCUAUCCUAUGCUUUUCCGAGUAGCCAACAAAUCUGGCAAGACUAGGCUCAGCGGGAGUGAGGCGGCUGACUUCCUAGCGAAGUCCAAGCUCUCUCGGAAGACCCUCCACGACAUAUGGAACCUAGCAGAUAGCGACGACAUGGGCGAUCUUAGCCCUUUCGAUUUCUAUAAAGCAUGCCGACUAGUGGCCCAUGCUCAGUCCGGUGUCGUUGUUAUUACUCCCCAGCUAUUGAAUGUAGUACUGGAUGGCUCUCUGCUGAGUCCACGCUCAUCGCGUCAGAUGGAGCCUCCCGUCCUCCCUGUAUUUGAAGGCAUUGAAGCUGACGAGACCACCAAGUACACCGAUGUCUUUCGCUCCCUGGCCAAGGACGGUUUUGUCGGCGGACUAGCGGCCAAGAAUUUCAUGUCGAAAAGUCACGUCGGCCAGAAGGAUCUUUCCAACAUCUGGGAUCUCGCUGAUAAGGACAGGGACGGCAAGCUAGCCUACAGCGAGUUUCUAGUUGCCAUGCAUCUCAUCUCGAGAGCUCGGGAAGGAUACAAGAUCCCUGAUAAGCUCCCACCUGCCUUGAAGGCAAUCCUUACAACACCUCCCGAGAUGCCCUCAUCUGAUGCCACUCUGGGCCGCCCGAUGAGCACGGGGGUCCUACCUCAGGCCCAUGAGACGGAGUCUGCCAGUCCAGUACAGCAGGAGGUCAAGCAAGGCAAGCAGCGGCCUUCUUUGGCGGGCUCCUACAAGUUUGACGGUUCUUCGCAUGAUAUAGGUUUUGGGUCCAAGGCCAAGUUGGACACUGGAUACGAUGACAACGAUGCAGCCAGCCCUGAGCUUGAGCAAGAUUUCCGGGACCAACGGGCUGAACUUGCAAGGCAAUUAGCUCGGAAGCAGGACGCAGAUAGAAUGCUUAGCGAGGCUAGGGCCAGACUAGAGAGCCUUCGAAGCAAGAGGAGGGACUUGGACAAAAGGUACACUGACGUGUCGGCGGCCCUGGAGGGUCAGCAGAUGGCUGUAUUAUCGACUAAGAGACAGCUUGAUGAGGCAGUGAAGGAGAUCAACGAUGUGAGGCAGUUGGCGAUCCAGGAAGGGGAGCCACUCGCGAUGGACUCGGCUGAUGUGGUGGCUGCGGUGCGGUCCGAGAAGGAUAAAGUGAACAGUGCUGAUGCUAAGAUUCAGGACUUGCGGGGACAGAUCGACAGAAUCAACCGUCAGAAGGAGGAUCUACAGUCGCAGAACGCAGUAUGGCUGGAGAGGCAGAGACAAGCUGAGCAGGACAGGACUAUGCUGAUAGCAGCUCUGGAAAAGGAACGGGCAAACCUGGCAUCAGUGAGGGCAGAAAGACUGCGGACUUGGGAGCAGCGACAUGAGGUGUCCAAGGAUAUCACCUCGAUCAGCGUAAAACAGUGGCAGGAUACUACUGGUAGUGCGCCCAGGAUACCAGACUCGUCUAAAGGGGUGGCAGCGAGCGGACAAGGAGCGGCUUAUCAGUCCCCAGUAGAUGCGAGGAAAGGAGUACCAGCAAAGCAGGCCUCUCCUGUGGUGACUGUGAGAAGGCUGGGUGACCCUAUGUUUACUCGAUCGGGCCUUGAGUAG